AUGAUAACGAAGCAGUUGUAUCAAUUGACUAAUAUGACUGAUCACAAAAGUUUAAUCAAAGGCGCUCUUGAUAUCGAUCCUUGGUUAGAACCUUAUAGUAGUGGAUUAAUUGAUCGUCAGAUUAAGUUUAGAGAUUGGUUAAAGCGUAUCAACGAAGGAGAAGGGUCGUUAUCCAAAUUUGCCAGUUCGUAUGAGACGUAUGGUUUAGUGGCAGACCCCGCUACCAAACGGAUUACCGUGACUCAAUACAUUCCAGAUGUACAACUGGUGAGUUUGGUUGGUGACUUCAACAACUGGAAUGCUGAAUCUCAUCAAUUGAAGAAGGUCAAUGACUAUGGGUUAUGGUCGUUGACUCUUGAACCCACAGACGAGGGUAAUUAUGCCAUUGAACACAAUUCUAAGUAUAAAAUCUCAAUGUUGUUGCCCUCCGGUGAACGUAUUUACCGUUUAGAUCCUUGGUGUCAUCGUACUAUCCCGGAACCCAAAGCUCACGUUUAUGACGGGAGAUUCUGGAACCCGGAACAAUCGUAUCAAUUCAAAUAUAAAAGGCCAAAAAUGCAUGAGGAGGGGAUUAAAAUCUACGAAGCUCACGUUGGUAUUUCAACUCCAGAACCAAAAAUUGGUACUUACAAGAACUUUACAGAAAACAUUUUACCUGUGAUCCAUAAGUUGGGAUACAAUACCAUCCAAUUGAUGGCAGUAAUGGAACAUGCUUAUUAUGCUUCGUUUGGUUAUCAAGUGACAAAUUUUUUUGCUUGUUCUUCCCGUUACGGUACUCCGGAAGAAUUGAAGGAGUUAAUUGAUACUGCCCAUAAAUACGGUAUAAGAGUUUUGUUGGACGUCGUUCAUUCCCAUAGUUCUAAGAAUGUCGACGACGGUUUGAAUAUGUUCAACGGUACCGACCACUAUUUGUUUCAUGGUGGUGGGAAGGGUAACCACGAUUUGUGGGAUUCCAGACUUUUUAACUAUCUGAACUAUGAAACCUUACGGUUUCUUUUGUCUAACUUGAAGUACUACGUCGAUGUAUUCAAAUUUGAUGGGUUUCGUUUUGAUGGGGUUACCUCUAUGCUUUACAAGCAUCACGGGUUAUCUUUUGGAUUCAGUGGUGAUUACAAUGAAUAUUUCAACCCUGAAUGGGUUGAUGAUGAAGCCAUAACUUAUAUGAUGUUAGCCCAUGAAUUAUUGGACGAAAUCGCCAAGAGAGAAGACGCUCAAUUCACUUCUAUUGCCGAAGACGUUAGUGGUAUGCCAACAUUGUGUUUGCCUAUUGCUAAAGGUGGUAUUGGAUUUGAUUAUAGAUUAUCAAUGGCUAUUCCUGAUAUGUGGAUUAAGAUCUUAAAACAUUUACAGGAUGAAGCAUGGGAUCUUGGUAACAUUGUUUUCACCUUAACCAACAGAAGACACGGUGAAAAGUGUAUUUCUUAUGUGGAAUCUCAUGACCAGGCUCUUGUUGGUGAUAAGACAGUUGCCUUUUGGUUAAUGGAUAAAGAAAUGUAUACCAACAUGUCUAUUUUAUCUGAAAACACUCCUAUUAUUGAUAGAGGGAUUCAAUUACAUAAAUUGAUUAGACUUCUUACGUUCUCCUUAGGAGGUGAAGGGUAUUUGAAUUUCGAAGGUAACGAAUUCGGUCACCCUGAAUGGUUAGACUUCCCCAGAGAAGGAAACGGAGAAUCUUACCAUUACGCCAGAAGACAAUUCAACUUAAUUGAAGAUGAUUUAUUAAGAUACAAAUUUUUAUUUGCAUUUGAUUCUGCCAUGCAACAUUUGGAUUCCAAAUAUAAUGUUUUAGACACUCCACAAGCAUAUAUUUCCUUGAAGCAUGAAAUUGAUAAGGUUGUUGUGUUUGAACGGAAUGGUCUCUUGUUUAUUUUCAACCUUCACCCUAAUGAUUCAUUCCCUGACUAUAAAGUAGGAGUUGAGACCCCUGGAUGUUAUCAAAUUGUGUUAAAUUCUGACAGAGAAGAGUUUGGUGGACAUAACAGAAUCCAAGAAGCUGAUUCUAAUGGUAAACCAAUUGAAUAUUUCACUAAUGAUGAUCCAUGGAAUAACAGAGCCAACUCUUUGUUUGUUUAUAUUCCAAGCAGAUGUGCGUUGGUGUUGCAACUCAAAGAUAAGAUCAAGAAUUGA